AUGUUUGGAGAAACUGGUUCUGAGUCUGACUAUGCUCUUUUAGAGUCAAUCACACAGCAUCUUCUAUCUAAUGAUAUCGAUACUACUACUUCGUUUUCAGCAAAUGCUUACGACAAUAACUAUAACAACAUUAAUAACAAGCCACUGUAUUGUCGGUCUUCAAGCUUCAGCAGCCUGUUUUUAACGGAGAGCUGGGGUGACUUGCCGUUAAAGGUGGACGACAACGAAGACAUGGUCGUUUACAGCGCCUUACGCGACGCUGUAAACAAUGGAUGGGUUCCGUUAUCGACAACAACAAAUAAUGAUGUAAAUGUUGUUGACUUGGAGACUACUACUCAUCACCACGCGGUGGGGGAGGCGCGUGAGGUGCACCCGCGGAGGAGUGGCACUAAUUUUCGAGGAGUGAGGAGGAGGCCGUGGGGAAAGUACGCGGCGGAGAUAAGGGACCCAAAGAAGAACGGCGCAAGGGUGUGGCUUGGGACCUAUGAGGUGGCUGAGGAUGCGGCUUUGGCUUAUGACAAAGCCGCUUUCAAAAUGCGUGGCUCAAAAGCUAAGCUCAAUUUUCCUCACCUUAUUGGGUCAUCAUCAGAAUGUGAUCAGCCAGUUAGAGUCGGUGUUAAGCGUGGCUCGGCUGAGCCGUCCACUUUGACUCUGAAGACUGAGCUGAAAAAGAACAAGUUUGUUGGCUCUUCGGCGGCUCAUGAAGCUGGUUCCAACGUGGAGACAUUGUUGGAUGCGUUUGAACUUCGAAGUGCAAUGGCUAACCCUUGGCCGCAUGUUAUUGGCUAA